CUUAGUCGCAGAAAACUACAAUUCCCAUGAAGACUUCUCAAUAGUUAGUGCGUUCUUGGGUUUCCUCUUUGCCGGUCAGUGUGUGAGUUGUAAACGGCGGUAUUAGCUUGAAACCGGAGGGAGAAAAAAUGGCAGGUAACGGGAAGUUGUUGCAUCAAGAAAAUAUGCAGGUUGUGGAAUCCAAACGGGAAGGAGGAACUGCUGAGAACGAGGACAUGCCUAUUUCUAGAUCUGACAGUGGAGAAGACUCUAUGGAUAAUCUGACUAAACACCUUGCAUUAACCCCAUCAUUAUCCCCGCAGAAGCGAGCCACAACCCAAAACAAGACGGGAGCUUCACUUCUUAGAACUAGCAAGCGUACUGUUUAUACUGCUGGACGACCACCCUGGUACAAUGAAACAGGGAUCCCUUUUAAGGAAGCAUUUGUCAUUGGCCUUUGUGGUGGGAGUGCAUCGGGAAAGACAACGGUGGCUAAUAAAAUCAUUGAGGCACUUGACGUACCCUGGGUAGUGCUGCUGUCCAUGGACUGUUUCUACAAGGUGCUGAGCAAGGAAGAGCAGGUGCUGGCUGCCAAAAAUGAGUACAACUUUGACCAUCCAGAUGCAUUUGACUUUGAGUUGCUGAUCAACACCAUCAGGAAGCUGAAAAAGGGGAAGAGUGUCAAAGUCCCUGUUUAUGACUUCACCACACAUAGUCGAAGAAAAGACUGGAAAACAGUCUAUGGUGCAAAUGUUGUGAUAUUUGAGGGAAUUUUGUCCUUUGCAAACAAGGAGCUUCUGAAGCUCCUAGAUAUGAAGGUUUUUGUCGACACUGAUUCAGAUAUUCGACUUGUACGCCGUCUGAGGAGGGACAUCAUGGAAAGAGGAAGAGAGAUUUCCGGAGUGAUUAAACAGUACAAUAAGUUUGUAAAGCCUGCUUUUGAGCAGUACAUUGAGCCCACAGUGCAAGUGGCUGAUAUUGUAGUUCCAAGAGGUGGUGAGAACUUUGUAGCUCUGGAUCUCAUUGUCCAGCAUGUACACAGUCAGUUAGAAACGCGUGAAAUCACUGUGAGAGCUACCUUGGCUUCUGCCCAUCCAGACCAGUCUUUGCCAGUGACUCUUAGUGUUUUGGAGAGCACCCCUCAGGUGAGGGGUAUGCACACAAUCAUAAGAAACAAAGAGACAAACCGUGAUGAAUUUAUUUUCUACUCCAAGAGGUUAAUGAGAUUACUUAUUGAGCAUGCCCUUUCCUUCUUACCACUCAAGCCUGUUACAGUGGAAACACCUCAAGGAACACAGUAUGAAGGGAAGCGAUUCAGUGGAAAAAGGAUCACAGGAGUGUCGAUCCUGCGUGCAGGGGAGACAAUGGAGCAGGCUUUGAUGGCAGUAUGUAAAGAUAUCAGACUUGGAAAAAUUCUUAUACAGACUAAUCAUCAUACAGGAGAACCUGAGCUCCAUUACCUGAGAUUGCCAAAGGACCUUAGUGAAGAUUAUGUUAUUCUGAUGGAUAGUACAGUUUCCACUGGAGCAGCUGCCAUGAUGGCUAUUCGUGUUCUUUUGGAUCAUGAUGUCCAAGAAGAUAAGAUUUUCCUGAUUUCACUGCUGAUGGCUGAGACUGGUGUGCACUCCAUUGCGUAUGCUUUUCCAAGGGUUCGCAUCAUCACCACAGCUGUAGACGAGAAAGUCAAUGGAGAGUUUCAUAUUAUUCCAGGAAUAGGUAAUUUUGGAGACAGAUUCUUUGGUACUGAUGCUCCUUCAGACUUUUAUGAGAGUGAUGAAAGUGCAGACUAUUGAAGCGUGGCAGUCAGUAUUCUGUUAAGACUUUCCUUCAUCUGGAACCUGAAAUGUCUUCAUAAGGACUGGACCAGCUGGCCUUCUUUCUGUACCAAUGAAAUACAUAAAGCUCAACUGACAGGUUAUCUGUAAAACUGCCAUUUAUUUGCACUAUGUAUUUCCUCACCCCCCCCCCCCCCCCCCCCGGCAGAAGGCCAUAUAAACUAAGACAAAACUAAAUGUAUUUAUGCACACAUUUAUUAUUUAUUUCUGAAAGUGUAUAUCCUUUACUUGUCAGAAUCAGAUACGAGAGCUUUUCUAUUUUGUUGUCCUUAAUGUCAAAGAGAAUGGUUGCUGUGUAUGUCAUAAGCCACAAUGAAGUGCUUGCCAGCCUACUCAGAAUAUGCUUGAGGAGGAAGGCACUAAAUGCUAAGAAAGGAACAGCUACAAUCUGUUGUUGUAAAUCUUGCUUUUCAUAGUCUGUUACAGUAGGGGGUAAUGCACCUAUGUUUUAUGGUAGACGUAUACUGUGUACAUGCUUCAUUCAGUCAUGACUUUAGUGUAUUUAACGCUAAUGUGUUAAUAAUAACAGAACAUCAUUUGAACUCAACAGAUCCUCACUGCCCACCAUUCACUCCUAAACAGGAAUUAAGCACCUCACGGAAUGUAUCUGCCUAGUUUUUGCCUUUCUAGUCAGAUUUUUGAUGUGUUUGAGUUUUGUGGUCUUUUUUGCUUAGUGUUAACAAUCCAGGCAGUUUUUAUAGACCAGUAACACCAACAUCAGUCAGUGUGGUACUGUUAUUGAUUAUGUACUAAAUAAAAACUGUAGGAUCUGUAUAAAGCAGUCCACCAUGGCAUUAAGUAAGAUACAAGACUGCCACAAGUGAAUGACAUUUAGGAGACUGCACUGUGAUGCUGAGAGUAAGAGACAGAAAACAAGAAACUAACCAAAAGCACUUAAUUUGUUUUCAAGGAAAGAGCUGCAAACAUAUAACCCUGAUUUUGUGAAGUAAUUGCUGUAUGUUGAAGAAAAAAGUUGUGUG